GGCGCUGCAGGGCGCGCGGAGCAUAAGAAGGCGCCGCGGGGCCGCCCUGGGCGCGCUUGGUCCCUGCCUCGUGGAGCGUCCGCCUCUCUUCGCCCCUGCUGCCGCGGCACCAGCCAGAGCAUCCCGUUAGGGGACUAGCCAUGAUGCACUGGGGAUACGAUGAGCACAACGGUGAGGGGGGAGAGCUGCUGCUGCUGGCUCUCUGGGGCAAUCAGAGCAGGACGGGAGGGGGCUGUAGGGACCCGGGGGGGAGGGCUGGGGUGAGGGGGGGUUCUCAACCUCUGGGCCCCCAGAUCAUCCCUGACCACUGGUCAUGCUGGCUAGGAAUGAUGGGAGUAGUAGUCCAACAACAUCUGGGGACCCACAGGUUGAGAAACACUGGCAGAUGUUUGUUUUUAAUUCGGGCCUUGGCGACAUGCAAAGUCCGUUCAGUAAGUGAGUUAGAAGGCAUGGACAACUUUUUAAGUGCGGUGCGGCCAGUUCCACCGCACGUGCAUCUAGAUCCGGGGCGUGUUGCUUUAGUAGUGGGAUUUGUUUGCAAGUUAGGCGGUUGUAGGCAAGUGGAGGUGGGAGAGGGAUGGAUCUCUAGUAGGUGCUGUUAAUCACAAUUUGCCAAACAAAUUAACGCUUUGAAAUGGGGUUUAAACUAGGGAUUUUUUAAGCAUUGCUGCUUCUGGGAAAUUACGGGGAACUUCUUAAUUGAUAGCAAGGCUUGCAAAACUUAAAACAGCAGCUGAUUUGUAGUUUUUUUUGGGGGGGGGCAAGGAAGGCAUAUAUAUAUAUAUAUAUAUAUAUAUAUAUAUAUAUUGAUUGCUAAAUCAGAUGCAAGGCAGUGGUGGUUUAACAUGAAUUGGUUUCUUUUUUCCCUUUUUGUGGUAUUGCAUUAAUAAUAUUUUCUGAACUAACAUUACUUUCCACAGUGUUUAUUCCGCUUCUAUAAAGGACUCUAUAACUCUGUAAAACUUCUGAAAUCUGUGCUAGGGCAGUCUACACAUGAGACCUUUUCUCUGUGGCACUCAAAAGCACAUGUAUUUCAACUCGAUUCUUUGUGUUAUGUGUGAAUGUUGUUCAUGUCAGAAAGCAGGGGGGAAAACAAACAUGCAUUCUAGCCAGUAUGAACUUUACCUUCAUGUUUUAGAGCGAUUUAGGCAGCAGUCCUAACCCCAUUACUUGGGCAGCCCUGUUGAAUUCAGUAGGACUUAACUUAAACACAAACCUGUAUGAAGCAUUUGGAGGUGUUGAACCACCAAAGUGAUUUGCUGCGAUGCCUUAGAGUGAAGGAGUUCUAAACUUAAAUUUUACCUUAAUUAAUACUGCACACUUAAAAAAAAAAAAUUAAAUGGCUAAAGAUCAAAGUGAGGAAUGGGGAACAAGGAUUAGAGCAACAAUGAAAAAUAAAACAGAUUAGUUGCAGAACUCAGCUUUUUUCAAUUUCAUGCUGUCUCUGCGUGCAUUCCCCAUUUCUGCUUGCAAAUGCAGUCUAUGGGCUUUUCUAAACCCCUCAUGCCUCCUUUAAUUCUCCCUCUCUCAUAUGGCUUUCCCCUCCAGCUACUGAUGUCCCACACUUUCUCCUCCCAGAAUCUUAAAUCCAGAGGUUCCCUAUGCAGUCAAUGCAGCUCUCUAUUCAGAUUUUCAAAGUAUAUUAUAGGGAAUCUGUGGAUUUAGAGACGGGAAAGUGUAGAACAGCAGGAGUUGGAGAAUUCUACUGAACUCAUGGUUCUUUGGGAUCAGGGAUCAUGUAUAAAAUAUAGCAUAUAAAAUACAGCACCUUGUGCUAGAGAAAGGUGUGAGCCAAUAACCUUUACAGUUAUGGUGCAGCUUAUACAUUUCCUUCUGCACCAAAACAAGCUUGUUUUGUGAUGUAUCCCUUAAUCCUUCCAAGCUGAAUACAUCUUUGCAUUCCCUAAAUUUCUGGUGAGCUCAGUUAAUGUGCUGGGGGAGAUCUCUGACUUUUGAUACUUGUUCUACCUUACGGAAUAAACAUAAUCUAACUAAUAAUGCGACUUUAGAACCAGCACUUCUUAGUCCAUAUGUACCUUCUGCAAUCCUGUACUCACCUACUUGGUAGUAAAUCCUACUGAACGCAAUGGGAUUCGCUUCUGAUUGUAUUGGAUGUAUAAGUUUGUACUGUUAAAAGCUCUCUAUGCUGUAUUGGGUUGCAGUUGCCUAAUCUUGAUGCAACAGAAGGAUGGAUGAGGUCUGUUUAGCAAGACACAUAUUGAAGAUACAACGGCACAGCUUUGUGUUCUGCUGCAUAUGGUGGCGCACCAAAUGAUUUAUUGUAUGUCUUCUUAAUAAUAUAUGAUACUUUAGCAAGGUACCUCCUUUGCAAACUAAAUAGAUGACUGGCAAACAUCAUGAGCAGUGUCAGUGACAUGCAGGGCUUUAGUGUGAAUACAAAAUGUUGAAUGGAUGCCCCAUGUGUUUUCUCUUCCAUUGGGGGCUUUGCAUACAAAAUGUGUGGAAUGUUCUAGUUGCACAUUGGAACCCCCGGUUUCAAGAAUCUGUGUGAGCGCACUGGAGAUCUGGGGAACCUUGGCUGAUGUGGUACUUCUACAAGCUGUGCUGUGUGUUGAAAACACAGAAGAGUUCUGAACUGGAAAUACCAGAUCAUUUCCUUACAACUAGAAUAGUUUUCAAUAGGUUUUUUUAAAAAAUAUAUAUAUAUAUAUUAUACUCCACAUCUGUGGUUAACAGGUGAUAAAAUGUUCAUUACUACAGAGAAGGGUUGCACGGUAACAGAGAUGAGGAGCUUUCAAACUUUCUUUAAAUUACAAAGGUAAAGGACCCCUGGACGGUUAAGGCGACUAUGGGGUUGUGGCGCUCUUCUCACUUUCGGGCCGAGGGAGCCAGCAUUUGUUCACAGACAGCUUUCCCGGUCAUGUGGCCAGCAUGACUAAACCGCUUCUGUCGUAACGGAACACCUGACAGAAAGCAGAGUGCAUGGAAAUGCUGUUUACUUUCCUGCUGCAGCGGUACUUAUUUAUCUACUUGCACUGGUGUGCUUUCAAACUGCUAGGUUGGCAGGAGCUGGGACAGAGCAACGGGAGCUCACCCCGUCACGGGGAUUUGGCAAGCCCAAGAGGCUCAGUGGUUUAGACCACAGCGUCACCAAAUGACCUGGGUAGUGUAAUCCACACACUGCUUAAGAACUCCUACUAUAUGCACACAGUAGGACUCCACACACUGCUUAAGAACUCCUGCUAUAUGCACACAGUAGGACUCAACUUCUAAACAAAGCAUGCACAGGAUUGAACUCUAAAUCAGAUGGCAUGAAAUUAAUACUUCCUUGUUUGCCAUGAACAAAAGCCAAAUUACAAGUCCUUGUGCAGGCUUAAUUAACUUACAAGUUGCACAGUUGAAAAUUUACAGUGGUAGGAAACGUUACUUUGCAAAUGGUGCUUUUGGGGCUGUAUGCUAAAGUGAUUCUAUAAGCUGAAAAAUCUUUCAAGUAAUUGUGUAGCCGACCCAUUUUGAGGCUAUAAUUUGACAUACCACAUAUGGUAAGAAACACAGUUUGAAAGCCUGCGGGACAGAUAAUCUUGGUGAGACAGAAACAUGUCUGACGUCGAACAAACUGUGCAUCCCAGAUAACAUUAGGUGUGAUGGUGUUUUCCAAGAAUUAGAGGCCCAGAGUGGGUCAAGAUAUUAUCUUGUCAGACUCAGUAGGUUGCCUUCAGUAAGUAAGCCAGCCUCAACCCUCUGCCUGCAAUCUUGGGCUAAAAAUACUUGCCUACCUUACAGAGCUGUUGUAAGGAUUUCUGAGCUAAUGUAGAUAAAUGACACUGGACGACUGAAAUGUGCUAUGCAAAUACUCAGUACUAUAAUUCAUACUGCUAAAAUGAAGUGAAAACAAUUUUUUUUGUUAACUUUUGUGCUCCCCCCAACAGUAUUGGGAGGGGAGGAACGCUUUGGUGCUAGAGACCUACAGCUAGGAUUAAAGCAAAGAUCCCUGGAAAUCUGUGAUGAAUCAAUAUUGGCGUUUUUAUUUGCACACUUGGAAACUGACUGGCAGAUCUCCAGAAGGCUGCUUACAAUCUUCACAAACAUUCUAAGGAACUGGAAGCCACCGGUAGGAUAGCAGAGGAGGUGUAUACCCUAAGUUUCACAAAAAGCAUUCCUGACAGUAUUAAGGAUAUGAGGCUACACUGGAGCUAUUCCUCCCCUUGUGAAGAAUUCUUGAAUAAAAGGAAGCUGAUAACUAGAACUGAUUCUCCUACCAUCCCUGCUGGCAUUUUGUUGUUGUUGUUCUUUAGAAUGUUACAUUAUGCAUUAACAUGCAAAAUUGGACAAAUCUCCAGGGCUGGUCACCAAAGCACCUAAAAAUGUACUAAUAUCUGAUAGUGUAUCUGUGGUUAACCAUUAUUUCCCUUCUCCCAAGGAAUUGGGAGAACUGCAGUUUUAUGAACUGGGGAGGGUUGUUUAAUAUAGAGCGGUCUAACCCCUUCACCAGUUUCCAAGAUUCUUGGAAGAUCGCUGUGACAGAUUAAAUAGCAUAAAAUUAAUUUAAGUGUAAAUAUUCUAAGAACUUCUUUCUCUUUUAAGGCUGGCACCUUCUAAUAAACUGAACUGUUUUUCAAAGGAUGGCACCUCCUAAUAAACUGAACUCUAGCCUAGGAAAUUGGUUUUCAGCCCUGUCAUUUAAAAUGUGCAUGUAUUAUGUGAGUUAACACCACCAAACGGCUGGGGGCCUGGUCCACUGUGGCUAUGUAACAAUGGCAGAGAUCUGAGAUAGUAGCUGAAUUGAUUGUACCACUUCAGAAGGUACCAUAGAAUUGUAGAGUUGGAAGAGACCGUGAGGACAAUCUACAGUGGUACCUCGCAAGACCAAUGCCUCGCAAGACGAAAAACUCGCUAGACGAAAGAGUUUUCCGUUUUUUGAGUCGUUCCGCAAGACGAAUUUCCCUAUGGGCUUGCUUUGCAAGACGAAACAUCUUGCAAGUUUUUGCGAGUUUGUUUCCUUUUUCUUAAAGCCGCUAAGCCGUUAAUAGCCGCUAAGCCGUUAAAAGCCGCUAAGCCACUAAGCCGCUAAUAGCCGUGCUUCGCAAGACGAAAAAACCGCAAGACGAAGAGACUCGCGGAACGGAUUAAUUUCGUCUUGCGAGGCACCACUGUAGUUCAAUCCCCCUGCGAUGCAGGAAUAUGCAGCUGUCCCAUAUAGGAAUGGAACCAGAAUGAAGCAUUUUAGAUGUGUCGAUUGCACAUUAAUCAGCUCGUGGGGAAAUGUUCUCUGAAUCUAUUGCAUGUGUGUCAAUUUCAGGUGCCUGCUGCAUUCCUAAUGACCAGAAUGCCUGGAAGUAGGCAGAAAAUGACCCACCCGAGGGUUCUAACCCGCAUCCUUGGGUAUUUAAUUCAUAUUAGAAUUAAGACCUAUUUAUGUAGAGAGAGCUGCCUUAUAGCUCACCAAAGACAACUGGGCGGUGUACUUUCCAUCCCUUUAGAUCCAUCCAUUUUUUAAUUAUCUGAAUAAUAUUUUUUAAGAAAAAAAUAAGAAAAUCCAGGUAGGUUCAUGUGAUUACUUUCUCAUGACAAUUCCUUUGUUUCUCUGGCUGCCUGGAAUGCAUUUUAAUGAACACCUUUUUCUACUGCAAUACAUUCUAGGGCCUUCUCGCUGGAAGGAACUUUUCCCUCUCGCGACUGGAGACCGUCAAUCUCCCAUUGAUAUCCAAACUGAGACGACCAAAUAUGAUCCCACUCUGCGUCCUCUCUACCCUAACUAUGACCCUUCCUCCGCUAAAGUUAUACUCAACAAUGGACACUCAACCAGUGUGGAAUUCGAUGACACUGAAAAUAAAUCAGGUUUGUUUUUGUGGUAGAUUUCAUUCUGCUUUCGUUUUAGGGCGGUUCUCAGUAUUUCCUGAGGUGAAAUAACAUUACGUGGUCUGGUUUGCAUGGCACUUUAAACUAUGAUUUGCUGUGAAUGGGCAAAAGACCACAUUUCGCUCCUCCCUUCCGUGCUCUGGAGAUGAAACUAACCAGAGACUGGCUUGGCAUGACAUAAAAUCAGCACUCAUUGUUUGUUUGAGGAAAUGUUGCAAUUGAUAGGCCUGGUUUGCAAGUCUGGUAAACCACCAGAGAUAAACCAACAUAACACAAAGCAAGCUUUCUGAUUUGUUUCCGCUUACCAAGGACAGACAGGACUUUAGGAGGAGCAAAACACUAGUGAUGCGAGCCUCAUGUACCAGCACACUGCUCAUUUCAUCUGAAACCAUAGUUUAUUUUAACUAUGGUUUAAAGUGACUUGCGAGCUAGGCCUAUCGUUUAAGAUUAUCUUAGAAUUCUCAUAACAUACACAAUUGCAUCUAUCUGAAUUUACCAGAGUUCAAACACCCUAGCCUCAUUCUGUUUGAAGAUAUUUCAGUGCAAGAGAGCUGAAUAGUUGCCCCCCAGCAAACCCUGUUUAAAUUGGCAAAAUUCCUCUUCCAAAUACAGCUUUCAUUUAGUCCGCAGCAUAGUUGGAGCUUUUGUUUCUGAUCGUAGGUCUGAUUUCAUGGGAGCAGUUCAGAUUUCUCGUUUCCACUUUUGCCUGUAGUCAGCUAGCAAGUUAUGUCCCGGCCCUAAGCUCAUUCCCCCAAAAUCAGAAGAUUAAGGGGCAGGGGGAUUGAAACGGCAAGUCAAGUGAUUACCUGCUAAUUUCAGAUGUUAUUAUGCUCAGUAGUGGAAGAUCUUAGUAUUAAAAAAAAAAAAAAAUUCAUAGCAGAUGGGCAAACUUAUUUAUACAGACAGUUCUGCUGCUAGUAUUAGAGGAGAAAAUAUAUACACACACCUGUUCAGAAAUUCUAAGAACUGCCUUGCUGAAUUCGACCCAAAGAGAUCCAUGUAGUCCAGCAAUUUCGAGGAGAAACAGGGAAUUUAAAGGGAAACUGUAGCCUUGUGCUAUGUCCCCAGUUUUGGUCAGAGGAGUAGUGCUGGAAGAGGGGAAGCUAACCAGUUCUCCCAGCAACAUGUUUCAGAUCUAAAUUGCUCCCCACAUUUGUAUGUUGCCUGCAUUUUCUCUUGUGGAGAUGGAGAUUUAGAUUCAGAGAAUUGGGGUGGGGUGGGGGUUAAAGCCCUUCUCCAGUGCUGUGACUCUGGUCAAAAUCAGAGUUUCCCUGCAACUACUUUAAAAUUGGGAUAGCCAGUCGCACUUCUUUCACAUCCUGUUUGUUUUGGCCCUUUGGCAGUGACAAGGAAAUGUCAUGUUUCCCUUCGGUUCCCGGUAUUCUAACAAUGCUACCCUUCAUUUUUAUAUUUAUAGUGCUGAGUGGGGGUCCACUCAUUGGAAACUAUAGGCUGCGGCAAAUUCACUUCCAUUGGGGGCCCAGUGAUGACAUUGGCUCUGAGCAUGCAGUGGAUGGGACAAAAUUUGCGGCAGAGGUAAAAGACUCCACUGAACUAUAUGAAUAGUUGUGAUGUACUGACUGCAUCUUUGCAGCCGUUCUUUGAUAAGCAGGCCUGUUUUAACAUGUCGAAGUGAUUUCUGCAAUGGAAAGACCAUUCAUUUACAAUUGUAAAUCUCAUUAUGCUUCACCAGGACUGCUCUCUCUCUCCCCCCCCCAACUCCCCAAAAUCUGCCUCUUCUCAUUUCUGGAAAAGGCAUCCAGCUGUAUUACCAGUCUGCCUUUCAUUUGUAUACCGUGCAGAAAAGUUUCUAUAAAUUAUGCUGACUAAUGGGGGCUGCUUCACUCGUUACACAGCAUAUAUAAUUUCACUGUUUGCCAUAUAUUGGUGGACACCAAUAUUUGAAGGAAGACACAUCUCAGUAAACACACAGGGACCCCCAUGGAGGAGCUGCACUAUGCUUUGGCUUCCUAGCGCAUGUCUGCAGUAUGCCUGGAUGCUCACUUCCCUUUCAAGUGUUGCAGUAUCCAUUGCAUGUACAUGUGCUAAACAAGGAGGACGUACCUUCUGUAUAAAGUGUGGCAGUCCUCGGAGAGUUGUCCGUCCUGUAUGUUUAUUGCUGAAGGCCACAGAAAAGCAGAAAUGUUUACAUUUUGCCAUUGCUUCUGUGGGAAUUCAUUUUAUUCUAAAACAUUAGUCGGAUUCUUGUAAACAAGCUGAGAAAAUAGUAGCAUUCCAAUAAACAGGAAAUGUCCUAAAACAACACGGGCAUGAUUGAAUCCAUUGUGGUUAUAGCACUUGUGUGCAGAAAACACUAAGUAUCAAGGUAUCGUGUGCUCUGAUGCACGCACUGUAAUUUAGAUGCGUUGGCCGCUCUAUUCAAAAGAAUAUACACUUGUAUCUGCUGCCUUCAUUGAAAUAAACAAGGAAUUACUUCCAAGUGAAGGAACUUCAGGUGCACAUUGAAACUUUUGAUACAUCAAGGUUUCCCUGCACCAGGGUGUUCAAUAUUUUUGCUUCCUCUGACAUUUAGUUGUUUCAGUGUUUGAAAUGGAACUUGUCAUGCAAAAGCCGUUUUUCGUAACUUAACACUUUGGAAUAUUGAUUCCCCCACCUUAAAAAAGUGUAAAUGGGCUUCUGUUUAACUAACAUUAAGAUGCAAACUUUUAAGAGUUCAGUUAUCUAUUUAUUUUUAAUGGAAUGGUAACCUGAAAUGGAAGUACUUUAAUGCAAGUGCUGAAGACAGAGAGAAGCAAUGUCCUUAGUGAAAUAGAGAAAAGUGGGGAAAUAUGUUGAGUGGCUAAAAUCAGUGGGGGAAAUAAAUUUGGGGGGGUGGGAAAUGACAUUUGCAGUGUUUAAAGACUUAUGUUUUCCACAGGAACCAGGUGAUUUGGAAUAUAAAGAAUUAAUAAGAGGUGCUUAGAAAACAAUAUGUUCCAAAACAAACAUAUAGCUGGAAAACAAAACAAAAAUAAGUUCCAUCUAAGAAACCAAAUGGAAAGAGGCAAUAUCUAGGAAUCUUUAGUCAGUCUAAAAAGGUUUCCCACUGCUGGUUAUAAACAUCUUCAAGAACCAAUAGAGAAACCCUUCUGGCUUUGGACAAAGGACCCUAGAAUUGAGACAGAACCAGGCAUAACUAUACAGGUGGAGAGUCUUCCGAAGGAUCAGUGGCUAGGUGGCAGAUUGCAGUGCUUAGUUCCAUGAAGAAGAAGAAAAAGGCUCUUUAAUGCAAGAAUGCACCUCUGCCAAACUGGCACAUGCAAGAAGAAAGAGCUGCUCUGCGGUCAAAGAAGACGACACAACUUCCCUUGGCAGAUGAACUCAACAGGAUAAUGGAUUCAAGGUCCCACUUAGCUGGGAUGGCCUGUCCACUGGAUCCAGGUUUCUCCAGCAGGCUGCCGUACGGGAGUGCCAAUGAUGUUGAUGAUGGUGGUGAUUCACACAAGAAACAGGCCUUAAAAGAUUUCUCCAACAAGCUGUGGUGCAGAAGCGGUGGUAAGACAAGAUACAUACAUCCUUUAAAAGAGAAGUCACAAGCCAUUGGGAAUGGGCCUCCCCCACAGUGUUUCAGAUUUUACUUGUGUCCUUUCUCGUUUGUUGUUUUCCAUUACAAUAAAAGCCAUUCCGACCGAAAGCAUUUGUUUCCUCUUUGUAACAUGCAUAAUUUUUUUAAAAAGUUGUGCCGUCCAGCUUUUUAAAAGUGAACCUAAAAGUGCGAGUGCUUUGAGACACCUUUACGUUCCAGAAUACGGAAUGAUUUAAUGAACCGAGCAGUCAGAAUUCAUAUAUUUUACUCAUUUGCACUUCCGUAGCAGCCAAGGACCUUGUGUAAGCCCUCAAAUCCAGCGUGUAUAUCUGAGGAUUCCUGUCGAGGGGAAAAUGAGGGUGGGGAACAUGGCCUAGUGGGCAGGGCUGGCAUGUGAACAGGCCAGAGACUGUUUCAUUGCUUUUUUUUAAUGGCCAAGACUAGGACUGGCUAGAACGGAUCUUCAGAGCUUUGGACCAAGAAGCAUGGAGCUUCCAAAGGACUUCAUACCUCAAGAUGGCUUGUAAAAACAAAAAAGUUUUAAACUAGUCCCAAAUACUCCUCGUGAGAUAUUAUGGAAAGUUGUGUGGCUUCAGUAAAGUGAUGAUUGAUGGUAGUACAUGUCUUGCUUUCUAGCUCCACGUGGUCCAUUGGAAUGCAGACAAAUACGCCAGUUUUGUGGAGGCUGCUGGCCAGGCAGAUGGAUUAGCAGUCAUGGCUGUUUUCUUACAGGUGAGAGGUUUCGAAUAGGGGGAUUAAAUGUAUAUAAUAAUAAUAAUAUGUUAUUUAUGCCCUGCCCUGGCUGGGUUUCCCCAGCCAGUCUGGGCAGCGCCCAACAGAAUAUUAAAAACACGAUAAAACAUUAAAAACUUCGCUAAACAGGGCUGCCUUCAGAUGUCCUCUAAAAGUCAGAUAGUUGUUUAUUUCUUUGAUAUCUAAUGGGAGGGUGUUCCACAGGAUGGGCGCCACUACCGAGAUGGCCCUCUGCCUGAUUCCCUGUGACUUUGCUUCUCACAGUGAGGGAACAGCCAGAAGGCCCUUGGCGCUGGACCUCAGUGUCAGGGUAGAGUGAUGGGGGUGGUAUACUGGACCGAGGCCAAUUAGGGCUUUAAAGUAAGGUUACCAGGUGUCCCCGUUUCCCAGGGACAGUCCCUGGAUUUACAAAUCAGCCCCCUGACAAAAUCCAUCCAUUCCGACUGAAGUUGAAAAGUGUCCCCAUAUUCACUGAAAAAAAUCUGGUAACCUUACUUUAAAGGUCAGCACCAACACUUUGAAUUGUGCUCGGAAACAUUAAAGUUAAAUGUAAAGGGAAGCUAUGAGCCAGACUACAUGCAGUGCUAAAUGCAUCACUUGAUGUUGCUUUAGUGUUUCAAAAAUACAGAAAUAAACAUAAGGGGUGGGGGGAGAGGCGGACGACAACACCAGGAUUAGAACUGUAGAGAAGAGGGAUAACUCCUCUUGCUGCUCAGCCCCAACGAAUAAUCACCUCCCUUGAAGCUGAUGUUUGACAUGGAGUGAAGUUCCUUUUUGCAUCAAUAGAAGUUUGCUUCUCACAACUAACAGCAUCAUUGGUUGGGGGAGGGGGCGUGUUAGGUGUGUGGCACAAAAAGAAAGAAUUAAUGCUUCUCCCUGCAGUCCUGACCCUGACCCACCAGCAACUGCUAUUUAAAGUUUCAUUUUUAAAGGUUCACAGAACUUCAACUUUUAGUAUGAUUCAAUGAUUUUUUUUAAAAAAAAAACUGACACAUGUUCCAAGAAGGACUAACUAAUAUUUUGGAAAUAUUUCCAUUUUUAAUUGUUCAUGUUUCUGGACUUUUUUAAAAAAGGCAUUUUUUUAAUAUAGUUUUUAAACCUUCUACACUGCUUUGAGCAUUUUGACGAGAAAGCAGUUAAUAAAUUUAAAAGAAUCAACAAAAUGAAAAAUUACAAAUCUGUCAGCUUCCCUAAGAAAGGCAAAUAAGUUGAUCUUUGUAUUUACAGGUGGGUGAAUGCAAUUCGCAGCUGAAGAAAAUCACAGACCAUUUGGACGCCAUCAAAAUUAAGGUAAGUUAAUUUUAAAUUUGGGUUUAUAUCCAAUGCAGCACUAAGGAACUAUCCCUGAAGGCAGAAUGAUUUCCACUUAUGCGACUGGACUUCCAAACCCCACUUCUCCUUCCCCUGCAUGACCCCCUAAAACUGUUUUUGGGGGGGUUCCCUGAGCCCCCUAGAGGAGUGUUGCAGGGCAUGCACAGAGUGGGGAGAAGGGGAAGUCCCAUUGCGCAACAGGAAGUCCUUAUGUUGAUGGAGCAAGACAGCUGAAUACUGCUCUCGGUGUUUUCCACAGCCCACAACGUUCUUCAAUGUAUUUAUUUAUUUAUUUCACAAUAUUUAUGUACUGCUUGAUUGUAAUAAAACCUCAAAGCAGUUUAUUUUUUUUGGGGGGGGGACAACAACGAUGACAAUAAAAUUACCAGUUAAAAACAGCUAUUUAAAACAUAAAAUAAAAAAAUGAAGAAUAAGCCAACCAUCAGAUCAAAACAUAUGUCAGCAUUCAACAUAGCUAUAGGAACACUCAGGUGCUCAUGGAGCCUCUGCUGGCUAUAUCCAAUUCCUUGUUCUUUGAAACAAGAGGCAGACCCACGCUGCUUCGCCUGCUGAAGGAACAGGGCACACAUGCAGAAAACCUGCCAUGUUUAGCCGUUCAAGCAUAUUCUGCAUGUUGCGUUAUUACGAACGCUUAACUUGAAUCUCUUGACUCAUCUCAUAGACUUAUAGAACUUUAAAGUUGAAAGGGACUCUCGCUUAAGGUGGAAUCUACACACAUUUAAAAUACGUUCUGAAAAUGCUUUUUCUUAAAGCGUUUUUAAAAAGACAUCGAAUUUUCCAUAAGGCUCACCAUCACCAUCUAGUGUCACAUUGUAUAUUGCACUUAAAACACACUUAAAGCGUUUUAUUUGCAGCCGUGUAGAUGAGUCCACAGUUGAACCCUCUGCUCAAUGCCUGACAGGUGGCCCUCCAGCUUCUCUGCAAAUGCCUCCAGCAAAGGUGAGCCUAUCACCUCCCAAGGCAGUCUGGUCUGCUGACAAAUAGCUCUUACCUUUAGAAAGCAUUGCCUAAAGGUCCCCCCCCCCGCCUUUUCCCAGAAAUUGUUCUUCUUUACAGUGCUGCAAGACACCAAGUUAUUUGUGCUGCAGCAGACUAGCGCAGCUCCCUCUUCAAAAAGCAAUAAGGUAGAUAGGAAAUGGCGUAUGGCAGUGUUUGCUCAUUUCUUUCUCUCCUCAGGGUAAACAGCACAGGUUCACCAACUUUGAUCCUUCCUGCCUGCUGCCCCAUUCACUGGACUAUUGGACUUACCUUGGCUCCCUCACUUCUCCUCCUCUUCUUGAAAGUGUCAUCUGGAUCAUUCUCAGGGAGCCAAUAAGCGUUUGCUCAGAGCAGGUGCGGUUUAAUACCUCUGCCUUGUAGAAUAACAUCUUUCAAGUUUAAAACCAGGCCUAUGGCACCCACAAGAAUAUUUACAAUCAACUAUACAGGUGUACCUUGAUUUUUGAAUGGCUUAGUUCUUGAACGUUUUGGCUCCCGCACACUGCAAACCCGGAAAUGACUGUUCCUGUUUGCGAACUAUUUUUGGAAGCUGAACAUCCGAAAGGGCUUCAGAUUGGCUGCAGGAGCUUCUUGCAGCCAAUCAGAAGCCACGCUUUGGUUUUGGAACGGACUUCCGGAACGGAUUCUGUUCGACUUCCAAGAUACAACUGUACCUUGAUCUUAGGUGAAUAUACCUGCCACCAGCUUUGAAAGUACAGGAAGUUCAAGGCUGCAGGCCUAAGCAUAGUUAUUAGAAAUAAAUCCGACCCCAGCCUAUCUUUUCAACGUGGCUGGCAGAAAUUGUGAGGAUUAGUUAAAAUGUAUUCGAGAUUCGUACAAGUUCAGAGUGAUUUAAUGAAUUUAUUAAUAUUUCUUAUAGCCCACUUUUCUUCAGAGGAUCCAAGGCAGCAUAAUGUGCCCAGAACAAAGAGUCCUGCUGGAUCAAGCCAAAGGCCCAUUUAGCUCAGAAUUCUUUUCCCACAGUGGCCAACCAGAUGUCUGUGGGAAGUCCGCAAAUUUGUGUCUGUGAAUGGAUUUAGGCAGCAUAUACCUUUUCAACAUUUAUACAGUGUUGCAGUAGGAGGGUGUGUGUGGAGCCUUCCUGGGUGGAUCUGCACACAGAAAAAAAAGCUAUAAAUAAGUCAGAAAUUAAAUUGUUAUAGCAAAAGAAAUAAAAGGCUAUGAAAAUUGCUUAGAAUUUUCUCUCUCACACACACCAUGUGGUGGUGCAUGUUUAUAACACAUUCAAAACGCUGUUUCUUGACUAAUGUAGCUGAGUCCCCUUGCUGUAAUGAGGUCUGAACUUCUUGGCAGAAUUGCCACACCUACAGUAGGUUAUUCAGUUCAUUUAAGGCAGUGAUGGCCAAACUUGGCCCUCCAGCUGUUUUGGGACUACAAUUCCCAUCAUCACUGACCACUGGUCCUGUUAGCUAGGGAUGAUGGGAAUUGUAGUCCCAAAACAGCUGGAGGGCCAAGUUUGGCCAUCACUGAUUUAAGGGGUCUCUGAACAGGCAAAGAUAGACACGCUCACAAAGCUACUUUCCUACUGAAGGUAAUAAACAACAUCAAGCACAAAGGGGUUCUGUAAUCUCCCAAUCAUUGACGCACGCAGAAGGUUUUGGAUUGGGGCAAUGCUUUGGAUUGGGGGAACCUAAAUGAUGCAUGUAAUUGAACUUUGGGCUGAGUUUGGGCAUCUGAAUCACUUCCCUGCUGAAUCUUGUGCCAUUUUCGUCCACAGCUCGCCAAAUUCCGCAACCUCCUCUGCACUGGUGAGGGAGAAGCUGCCUUCUGUAUGCUGAGAAACUUCAGACCGCCACAGCCUUUAAGGGGCCGGGAAGUGAGAAGAAACUGAAGGGGAGAAAAAGCAAGGAUAAUUCAUAGCAAUGGCUGAUUCUAUUUAGCAAGCGGAACCCAUUUUAAUAGGUUAUGUUAAGUUUUAAUGAUUUUUUUUUAAAGGAUACCUUCUAAUUAGGUCCCGAUUUCAGUAAAUAGAAAGCAUUUUUAAGUCCUAGGUAUUUUGAGGGAGAGGUAUAAGCCCAUGCUUAUGUUUCUCAAGUGAAAUAGGCAGACCUUAAAAUGCUUCAGAUUUCCUGGAUUGUUCCCCUAAUUUUUAGCAUGCAAUCCAUAAAUACGCUAAGGUAUUAUAAUUAAUAGAUACUGUUUUGUUGCUAUAUAACUAUGAUAGACAGGCACUCACGACUCAAUAAAAAGAAUAGGAUUUAUGCUGUAGUAAAUAAGAUUGGGUAUUGUAUUGUGGUUGAUUAAGGUAGUUAGUUAUAGCAAAAUAAGAGUUUUUCAGAGCUGUAGCAGUUGAGCCAGUCUUGUGUUUUGCUAGGUAUGGUGAUGCUCUCUUAUCUAGGUUGGACAGAUAUCAGUUGGGAAUGUUGGUUGUGGGGUGGCCUAUCUAAGGCAGAGGGUUAGACCAGAUGAUCCAUUUGGAUCCGUUUCAACUUGCCCUGGGUUUACCACUAGCAUUCCUCCAUGAAAACACUGGGUGUCUUUUAGCAAAAAUCUUAGUGGUUAAACCACAGAGGUUCAAACCCACUUAAAUACAGAUGUGCUGGGAUCUGAUCAUAGAGAACUUGAGAUUCCUGCCAUCCCUCCAAACAUUCUCCACAGGCCCCCUUUCCCUACCCCCCUACAAAGUGGAAGGGAAAAAAUGAGCCACAUUAUUUCCUAACUUCCUUGCCAGAGGCCAUAUCUAGAGAAUAAGUGUGACUUAGCUGUGGCUUAGAUAGUGACUUAGGAAUCUUCACUUACAUAAAAAACUGCCAAUUCCUUAGAAUUCUUGUAGCUCUACAUCAUUUGCUUCAAUACCUUAAGCCUUAAAAAAGGAAUUGAGGUUUUUUGAGCAGAGCACCUUUAAGGAGCAGAAGCCUCUGAUGGCCAAAAUGUGGAGCUGAGGCCUAAUUAGAUACUACAAGGAGAAGUGUGGUUGCUGCUGCCCCACAUCUUCAUGGUCGCUAAUUAUUGGGGGUAAAGUGUGACGUGACAAUCAUAUCAGCAUUUUCCCACUCCAUGAAACACACAGCCACUGAAGUAUCAGGCGAAGAGGUGUGGCAAUGCUAACAUAGCAAUGUCACCAGGGGCGUUUUUCCAAUUUACCUUUACUAGUAGAGACAUGAGUUCAUAGAACGUGUGUGUGUGUGUGUGUGUGCGCGCGCUAUUGCAUGUUCAUGUCUGUAUGUCGGGACGUUAAUGAUGCUUUGCCUAUGGUAUAUUUACAUAUAUAUAUUCAGUCCAGAGUUGUACCUAAUAUUUUCAUGUUGUCUGAAUGGCUGCAUGGAAGAUUCUAAAGUUGUUUGCUUUGUGACAGGAAAACAGUGAAGCUAAAUUGGCUGAUUGCAUGUUUUCAUAUUAGGAGAAAUGGUGGGGGGGUGUUCUAAUAAUUUAUUAGCAAUAAAUUGAGUUUAUUCUGCAACUUUAUAUUUAUGAAAUAAAUAAAAGCAAGUGAGCCAAACGUUUC